AAUGGUCUAAUGAUGUCCAAAAUGAUUUUAACCACAAAACUGCACUCAAGUUAUCUUUAAUUAGACAACUUUAUGCAAAAAAUUCAAGCUUGUCGUGUGCUGCAAUUCUUAAAAAUCCACUUUUUUGGAGUAACAAAAUGAAAUAUCAAAAAUUGAAGGAGAUUAAUACGCUGUGGGAAAAUGAGAUGCCUGAAAAUAUUGAAUAUAUCAAUAGUAUUGGUGAAAUAUUGCUCAAAAACUGCAACUGGACAAAUAAGCUAAAGAAAAAUUGUUUUAAUCAAAAAAUAAAAAAUAAUCAUGUGCCUAAAAUGUCAAGUUUGGUGAAAUGUGUCACUUCCAGGGUAAGUUUGGUUGCCACCUGUGCUUCCUAAUUUACUUGAAUAAUUUUAAUUCAUAUUUUAAUCUCACAGAUAAAAUAUUAUCAACAAGCUGAAAAUCACCAUUCUCUACAACAAGAGCACAUGUUUUAUUUUCUUGACAAUUUCCCUUUUCUUCUUACAUUUAUGGUCAUUAUUAAUGAUCAACUCUGUAUAAAGAAGCAAAAAGAAAAGAAAUGUGGAUUUCUACAUGACAAAUUUGUAAACAAUAAUUUGCCUUUAAAAUUCAUUAUUCCACCUGAAGCUAUAACUAUAAAGAAUCUAAUUAAAAAGUCAAAUGCUGAGGUUUAUGAUGGAAUAUACAAGAAAUCAGCAGUAGCAUUGAAGAGAAUACCAAAAAUGGAUUUUAAAUUGAAUGAAUUAAAAAGCAUCAUUAAUCUUAAGUCUACACCAGGAACAGGUCGGAAGUGUAAAGGCUGUGAACAAGAUGAAUGUCAAAAUAUCAUUGAUUUUCACGGGUGUUUUGAAAUUGAUGAGUUUGUUUGGAUAGUCAUGGAAAAAGCAAAAGAAGAUUUUAAGGAUUUCAAGUUUACCAAUCAAGAAGUAAAGCUACAAAUUUUAUUUGAUACUGUUAAAGGCUUGGAAUGUCUUCAUGCUAAUUCAAUUUCUCAUUUGGAUAUCAAGCCAGGAAAUAUUUUGGUAGUAGAAAGGAAUAAAAAGCUUGUUGGAUGUCUUGCUGAUUUUGGGGAAAGCAUUGAUGCAAUCAAGAAGACUUAUACGCGAUCAAAAAUUAGAGGAACUGAUGGUUAUAUAGCACCAGAGUUAGAAGAAGCUUUUAAAAGUGACCAGAAGACAAGAUCAAAUAACAAAAAGAGAUUUAUCCUCAACUAUUCAAAGUGCGACAUUUAUUCAUUAGGAAUGGUGAUUAAAAAAGAUUAUUUAAAUUCAAUUGAUAAAAAAGAAUCUUUGGACAUGAAUUUGAUGAUUUGUGAAGAAUUAGUGAAUUACAUGACAGAAAAGGAUCCAACUAGUCGACCUGAUGUUGAAACUGUUCGAAAAAAUCCAGUUUUUUGGGAUGUCACUCAGAAAUUAAAGUUUUUGGAGCACGUUCAUGAAUAUGGAGAUGGCCACACUACUGAUCCAUUUAUGAAGAAACGGAUUGAAAAUAUGAUAAGAAAUCGAAAAAAUUGGGUGAACAGCUUGAAGCUAGAUGAUAAAAUGACUAUGGAAAUUGAAAAAUACAUGAAAAAGAAAAGGAAGGAACAAAAAGGAGCAGAAAAAUCAAUUUUUGCUUUAGUUGAACUCAUCUUAUUUAUUCUUAAGGAAGAAGCUGCAAAUUGUUUCCCAAACACAAGACAAUUAUUAAAAGCAACUGAUGCUAAAAUCUACCUUGACUUUUGGUACAAAAACUUUGAAAUUUCAUUUUUGUAUUAUUACAUGCAAGAUGUUUUUAAGUACAAUCGAGAAUUUUAUUCAACUGAACAGCUUAAGAGACAUUUUACAGCAGUCAAGAGAAUAGAAGCUGAUAAGGAUGACAAAGUUUAUCCGAUUCUACUUUAUACUCCAUCAACAUCGACAUUUAUAUUUCCAAAAUACAUAUCACCUGAAAUCGGAGAGAUAAUCACAAAAGUGAUUCUGGGGAUCAAAGAAGGAACAACAAAUCCACGAGCAUUGGGAAGAUUAGUUGGCAAUUGGUCUGGUUUGAGGUCAAUAGAACAAUAAUCUCACUUAUUGAUAUUUUUGCAAGAUGUUUUUCGACACAUCAUUAUCAGAAAACAACCUGUUGAUAUGUUUUGAUACCUUGACAAUAAAAAAUUAAAUCAUUUUAAAAAUUU